ACAAAACUUCAUGACAGAAUACGUGCAGACUCUUCUAACUUCCAAAGGCAGCUGUUUUCGGCGAAGUCUCUCAAAGAACAACUGGAUACACUUUCUGGACAUGUCCAAGCCCAAAGCGUUGUGCUUUCGGACUCUAAGUCUGGUCUAGUCCCGGUCUUGCUUGAGGCUUUGGAAGGUCACCAAUUACUUGCCCAAGAGUCCUUGAAUGCAGAUGUCUCGAGUGAUUCUCUUUCAUACCUUUCGGAAUGUAGAGCACAGCUGGAUGCGCUACAGAAGCUUGUUGACGCAGGGGAUCUACCUCCGGAUUCAAUCGCGUGUCAUGCUUUGAAUUCCUUGCUUAUUUCCGUCCCCGGGCCACUGAAAGACGCAACGGUAGUGUCUGAAAUGCAAAGUCGGCUGCGCGUGCUUGCCAAUCGUGUGGAGGAGCUGCUUAGCGAUGCUUACACCGGGAGUGUUGUGGUGAACGCGUCUGAAGUUAUCAUCAAACCAUUGGUGCUUGUGCCUCGGUUACUGAAGCCCUUACCCCUUUCGUCUGUCCUCUCAUCAAUCAGCUCCGCAUCGCUGGCAUCACACCUUUCCACCCUAAGGAGGGAUAUUUUAACGCAUUACAUCGAAUGUUCUUUUGACCAGCCAACGUCACUUACGGUCAGCACCAUGAAAGACACGUCUGGAGCCUUGAUGCAUGUCCUCAGCCGAUUCCCUGCGUCCCCGAAUACCACUGACACAGGUUCUCCGCUUGUCAACGUAUCCACGGCCCUCGACUUCUUACACGAACAAUUAUUUCCUAUCCUCCCAUUGACACACAAACACAGUUUCCCACGGAGUCUUAGCAAACCCAUAUCUGCUGCAGUCCUGGCGCGUUUGCUUAUUCCUGGUUUGCCCUCACAGCUCGAAGCUCUUCCUGCUUUCUUGAAAAUUGCAAACAAGGCAGUGGACUUAGAAGACAAGUACAUCGUCGGGAUACUCGAUACAUCCAGCGAGUGCGAAAUCAAAGUUUGGGUCAACAAUGUCUGCGCUCAUUAUGAACGACAUCGGCGGUCGCACAUUCUCGAUUCUGCACGCAAACUUAUCAUUCAAAGUACAUCUUCUGAGCCAACAUUCCACGCCCAGCUAUCCCUCUCCCAAGAAACUCCUGACAUAGCUGAACUUGCGCCCGCAAAUGAGGCCGAUGCAUGGGGACUCGGUGACGAUGGCCAGAGUCUCGAGGCAGGCUCCUCGGAGUCCCUUGCGGAGCCAGAAGAGGAUAAUGUCUGGGGUUUUGAUGACGAUCUGGAGGAGGAAAUUGAGACUCAGCAAGCAGAUCCUGCAGAAGCCGUAGAGGAAGACCCAGGAGAUGCAUGGGGCUGGAAUGACGAAGAGCCCGCACCCGAAGAACUAGUGCAAGCGGAAGACGCAUGGGACGACCCAUGGGGUGAAGAACCUACCCUCUCGGAGGUGACUCCUGAUGUGCGGAUAGUACCUGGAUCAUCACAACACCCGCCUGCGAACUCUGCGCUUGCGACGCAAAAGGUCUCUACCAGAAAGCAACCAUCCGUCAAUGAUGGUCGCCCCACGAACGGCACCUCUCGCCAUCCUUUUAAGUCAAGGCCUAUAACUGAGCCUUAUUUGGUAUCUAAUCUUGCGAAGUCAAUCAUUCGUACGGUCGAGGACGCGUUGCACGAAGGAAAAGGACUGUCAUCGUCGGGUAUCUUUCCCUCCUCACCAACAUCCACAAUAACACCUGGGACGCUCAUCAUGCAGUCAGGAGCACUUGUAUUAGAUUUGUAUCGUGCAGUGUAUCCUGUCGUCGCUGCAGCACGACUCGUUCGCCCUGGUGAUGUCAUGCAGUUCUCCAACAACUGCUUUUGGCUUGCAGAGGAGGUUGGUCGCUUGGUUACAUACGAGCGAGGAGUGCUUGUUGUGAAGAAUAAAUUAGAGGAAUGUAAGAGUGUUUUGCAGGUGUUAGCCGACAGUUGGUAUCAAGAUGGCAUUGGCAGACAACGCACAGUACUAUGUGACAUUCUAGCGAGUGCGAAGGGCUUCACAGAUACGUCAGACCAGGAUCGAUAUGAUGACUGCGAGCUGGCUAUUUCCCGCGUCGUUCGCGAGAUCCGAAGCGCUGCGAAUGCAUGGAAGCCUAUUCUCCCCAAGAGCAAGUAUUACACCGCCGUGGGAGCAAUAGUCGAGAUUUCAUUACAGCGCAUUCUGGAGAAUAUACUUGCAAUUCCAGAUAUCCCUGAGGUGGAGUCGCACAAACUGAGCGAGUUAUGCAGAAUAUUGGCUGCUCUUGAAGGGCUCUUCGUUGAAGAUUCCAGCGAGUCAACUUUCGUGGUGUCAUACGUUCCAUCAUGGUUGAAAUUCUCACAUCUGUCUGAACUCCUGGAAGCGUCCAUGGCUGAUCUCACAUAUCUUUUCGAAGACGGAGCUUUGGUAGACUUUGAGGUGGACAAGUUGGUUAAAUUUGUGCGUGCCUUGUUCGCAGACACACCACUGAGGACAAAGACUCUGGACAAAAUUACGGGUGGACAUCCAGUCCGGUGAUGUAUGUGACUGAAAACCAUGCACUUAUACUAAAACGUUGCACUGGAACGAAUGUGGAUGCCAUUAGAUAGUUUCCUGGGGUGUACAUGCGGACAAAAGAGACGACAUGAUGGACAGCGAUGCAUAUACAUACAUCUUCCGCUGGUUGCCGGGCCAGUAAGGCCAAUCUGACAGAUUAUUUCAAUUCACAACUGGAUGGGGAAAAUAAAGCUGUCCCUUCUAUCCAUGGACUUAAUGGGCGACUAUGUAUCCGAUGUCUAUUGGCACGUCUGUGCUUGUAUCGUGUGACUGAUUGACGAU